UUCCUUCUCUUUGAUAUCACACAAAUAAACAUUACAAAUGGCAACCAAAACCUUCCGCAAAGAGGAGAUCCGACGUGUCGUCUACGGCACUUGCUUGGUGGAUGCGCCCGUGGGCGGGUGCAGUGUGGAGGCCGCGCCCAUCCGGGUGACGGUCAGCGUCCGCCGGCGCCGCGGGUGCUGGGGAAGGCUGGCCGGAGCCUGGAAGGAGGCGGCCGCGUUUUCCUUCGUCGACAGGCCGCGGGCCCCCUUCUUAUCCAACGCCUUCCUGGACAUGGAGCACAUCUUCAGGUACAGCAGCGAGGAAGAUGCGGGCGCGGCACAAGUUAAGAUCUGUCUGACGCUCCUUACCGGCCAGACGCGCGUGGUCAAAGUGGGCCUGGAAGACUUCCUGGGCCAGCUGAUGCAGAGCGGCCGCCCAGAGUGCUUCACUCUGUACGUCUACGAGGGGAAGGUCGCCCUGCUGCAGACCCGCCAGCCAGUCCCGGAGGUUCUGACGGAGUGGUUGUUUGACGGGAAGGGAAAUGACACCCACAAAGGGUCAAGUUACAAGGGCCGUGCCUGCUCUGACCCCGAGGUCACGGAGAUAGACAAGUGUCAAGAAAAGAUGGACACCUGUGACUCAGAGGAAAGUGCAUGGCAAACCCCUGAGAAUGACGCAGAGGAAAGCGCAUGGGGAACCCCCGAAGAAGACUCAGAUGUGAGUGCAUGGGAAACCGCUGAAGAAGACUCAGACAUGAGUGCAUGGGAAACAGCUGAAGAAGAUUCACGAGUGAGUGCAUGGGAAACCGCUGAAGAAGACUCAGAAGAGAGUGGAGAUGACUCAGGCGAGGAGAGUGGACUUGGCACUGAUGAAGACGAAGAUAUGGAGAGUGGAUGGGAGUCAGACGAUGAAGACUCAGAGGAGGAGAGUGAGCUUGAGGCUGUCGGAGACUCGGAUGAGAGUGGAUGGGAAACUCUUGAAGAAGACGCCGAGGAGGAGGCUGGAUGUUACUAUUGUUUUUCUCAUUCUUAUUUACAACUUAUAUCUAUCAUUCUACCCUUACAACUUUUCUACGUACCUUCAAGGCUCGUUUCGUGAUCAGUGGGCACCUGUGACAGACACUGACAGACAGACUGGUUAGGUAGUAGUAGUAGUAGACAAUAGAUUAACAGAGAUAUACGUAGCCUACAAAUAAUAAGGUAGACAGACGGACAGAUAGAUAGGCAGACAGACAG